UGUUUGAAAAACGUGUUUCCCGCCGUAUAGAAUUUUCCAGAAAGCUAUCUUGUAGAGUUAUCACGACAGAAGUGAAAGAUUUUAGCAUGGAAAGUGACUUAAAACGAACCGCUCGGCUGGAAUACCUAAAACUACGGCAAUCCAAGCAAUCAGAGAAAAUCGAAGCGGUGAAGACCUGUUUUAGAGACAAUCAACAAGGCAUCAAAGAACAGCUGUUGAAAAGAAACCAAUUACAAAAGGGUGAAAAGCAGCAAUUGGUGCCCGAAAUAUCACCAGCUGAACACCUUCCCUCGACAAGAAAGAGUUCUGUCUAUAGUGGUUUUGGACAUGGUACUCAACACACAGUUUUAAGGACCCUAUAUACCGUGCAGUCUCUUCCGCAGUUCUUUACAUGGUCUCCUCUGCAGCAAAACUAUAUGGUGGAAGAUGAAACAGUCCUGCACAAUAUUCCUUACAUGGGAGAAGAAGUUUUGGACCAGGAUGGAUCUUUUAUCGAAGAGCUCAUCAAAAACUAUGAGGGGAGAGUUCACAACACUCCAGAACAUGUGUUUGAUGAAGCAGCCCUCACAGAUGAUCUACUUCUGCAGCUGGUUGACGCAUUGAAAAAACACAAGAAGUCUGCUCAGGAGAACACAGAAAGUGAAACAAAAACAGAUGAGGAGAAAGAAACCACUGAAGAGGCUGAUUGCUUACCAAAAGAUGACGAAAAACCACCAGGAGAAACAGGGGAGACGCAUGAUGAACUGUUUGAUGCCAUAGCAUCUCUGUUUCCUGAUAAAGGUUUAACUGGUGCAGAAGUUUACCGAAGAUACAAGAAUGUGCUGGAUCGUAAGAAUGGGGAAUUACCACCAGAAUGCACUCCAAACAUUGACAGUCCUAUGGCACAAUCUGUUUCAAGAGAGCAAAGUCUGCACUCUUUUCACAUGCUGUUCUGCAGAAGAUGUUACAAGUAUGAUUGCUUUAUGCAUGGAUGGAGAACACUUCCUACACAGAUCAAGCGAAAGAGCCCUGUUGAUUUACAAGAAACAAACCCGUGUGGAACUGAGUGCUAUAUGCAUGUUAAGAGUGUUCACGAAGGAGAAGAAGACAGCAAGUCAUCUGAGUCAGUCAGCACGAGCCGAAGAAGUCGAGUUAGCAGCAAAGACAACAAAGGUGGAAAGGGAAACCCUAAAGGUUCAGGAUUUCCAAGUCCAGAGAAAACAGCGACUGAGGGAAGCAACGCAGAUCAUUUGCUUGCAACUACUGAAUGGACGGGAGCCGAGGCUUCGUUAUUCCGUGUUUUGAGGCCAAUCUACUGUAACAACUAUUGCAGUAUUGCAAAUUUAAUUCGAACAAAAACUUGUAAAGAGGUAUACCUGAGAGCAUUACAAGAGUCGCAUGAGCCGUUACCAACUGCAGAUGAUCAGGAUACUCCACCAAGAAAGAAGAAAAGAAAACACAGGAUGUGGUCUCUUCAUUGUAGAAAGAUUCAGCUAAAGAAAGACAGUACCUCUACUCAUGUGUACAACUACAUUCCUUGUGACCAUCCUGGGCAGCCAUGUGAUCAGUCGUGCAUCUGUGUUGCAACUCAGAACUUUUGUGAAAAGUUCUGUCAGUGCAGCACCGAUUGUCAAAAUCGUUUCCCUGGCUGCCGCUGCAAAGCUCAGUGCAACACCAAGCAGUGCCCAUGCUUCUUAGCGGUCAGAGAGUGUGACCCAGACCUCUGUGGGACUUGUGGUGCUGAUUGCUUUGAUGGAGCCACUAACAUUAGCUGUAGAAAUGUCGGGCUACAACGUGGUCAAAGAAAGCAUCUGUUGCUUGCCCCCUCUGAUGUGGCUGGUUGGGGAAUUUAUAUCAAGGAGCCUUGUAAGAAGAACGAUUUCAUCGGCGAGUACUGUGGAGAGAUUAUCUCGCAGGACGAGGCCGACCGCAGAGGAAAAGUUUACGACAAGUACAUGUGCAGCUUUCUCUUCAAUUUGAACAAUGACUUUGUUGUUGACGCUACUCGUAAAGGAAACAAAAUUAGGUUUGCAAACCAUUCCAUCAGUCCGAACUGUUAUGCCAAAGUAAUGAUGGUAAACGGGGACCAUAGAAUUGGAAUAUUUGCCAAACGUGACAUCGAGGUUGGAGAGGAACUAUUCUUCGACUACAGGUACAGUGCCACAGAUGCCCUCAAGUUUGUUGGAAUUGAGCGCGAUGUAGACUUUGCUUUGAGAUAAAAAGUUAACAUGUAUACAUAUUAAAAACAAAAUAACGAAUACAAACAUUUAGCAUAUCUCUUUACAAAGGUAAUUACUUUUGAUAGAGAAAAAUAAAAGUAACUUUUUCAUUGUUUUUGGAAAGUAA